UGCAUGGACUCCCAGCAGCAGCAGUGCCCAGACUGGAUUGCAAGUGACCUGCCAUUGGCUGAGAACGUCUUUCUUGAGGCAAGCUGAAGGUGCUCCCACUUCGCACAUUGCCACAGAGUCAGGUGAGGUAACAACGUCCUGGGAUUGGUUCUCUUCUCUGCAGCGAAGUGGGUAAUUAAUCAGAAGCAGCAGCAGCUGGCAGAGCUCCUUGUCCCAGAUGGAUUCCUGGAGAUUCUUGCUGCUUCUAAUGUGCUGCAGGAUUGCGACUGCUGCCGCCGUCCAAGGUCACUUUUGGCAUAUCACAGACCUCCAUUUGGACCCAGAAUACAGCGUGGCAACAGACCCUCUCCAGGUGUGUCCAUCUGCUGGCUCCCAGCCAGUGUCCGAUGCAGGCACAUGGGGAAAUUACAUGUGUGAUUCUCCUUGGAUUCUCAUAAACUCCUCCAUUUAUGCCAUGAAGGAGAUCCUGCCUGAUCCAGACUUCAUCCUUUGGACUGGUGACGAUACCCCUCAUGUCCCCAAUGAGAAACUUGGAGAAGAAGUAGUGCUGGAAAUAAUUGCCAAUUUGACUGCUCUGAUAAAACAGGUGUUUCCAGGCACUAAAGUCUAUCCCGCGAUGGGCAAUCAUGACUUCCAUCCCAAGAACCAGUUCCCAGCUGAGACGCACAGGAUCUACAACGCCACAGCAGAACUGUGGCGCUCAUGGCUCAGCAGCGCCUCCAUCCCGACAUUCAAAGCAGGUGCUUUCUACAGCGAGAAGCUGCUUGGUCCCAAUACCAAAGGACGAAUGAUUGUCCUCAACACCAAUCUGUACUAUGAUAGCAAUAAUCAGACAGCUGGCUUGGAGGACCCUGGUGGGCAGUUCCAGUGGCUGGAAGAUGUGCUGACCAAUGCGUCAAAAGCAGAAGAAAUGGUCUACAUUGUGGGGCACAUCCCGCCUGGCUUCUUUGAGAAGAAGCAGAGCAAAUCCUGGUUCCGGAAGCACUUUAACAAACGCUAUACGGAGAUCGUGCAGCAGCACCAUGCAGUGAUAGCUGCCCAGUUCUUUGGGCACCAUCACACUGACAGCUUUCGGAUGUUUUACAGCAAUGGAGGUUCCCCAAUCGCCGCCAUGUUCUUAGCCCCAGGAGUGACUCCCUGGAAAACAACGCUACCCGGAGUGCACAACGGUGCCAACAACCCUGGGAUCCGAGUCUUUGACUAUGACCGAGGCACCCUGCAAGUGAAGGUGGGAGAUGCCCCCACACUGCAUGGUCUGUCCCCUUGGGGCGUGACUGCAACAGCCCAGGGAUUGCUCCUCCCAGUUUAUUCUGCAGGCCCUUACCCAGUCUGGUUUUAAAUAUCCCUAGCAAUGGGGCUUCCAGCACUUCCAUUUGGGGAAUAAAAUCACAGCUGACUAGAGCUCACAUGCAAGACUCUAGCUCCCAUACAGAAUAUGGUUUAGGUCUGAUCUACACUGUGAAUGGGACCCGUACUGUACCUGGAUCAGGGAAUAGCUGUGUUGUAGCGGGGGCCCCUGACUCAGUUAUCUGUGCUACCUGGAAAGGCGAAAAUGUGCUUGUGCCCUUCUUUGCUUCUUUACAGUGAAUAAGGAAGGCCCGACAGUAUCAUUUUUAUAAACUCUUCUGUAUGGUCCAUUAGAAAUGCAACGUUUAUUUGUCCUGGAAGAUUCUCUGGAAGCCUGGAGAACUAGUCAAGGAGAGAUCUCAGGAGCCCAGAGAGUGAAUGCUGGGAGACAGAGCAGCAGGGGUUUUAACCAGACUGUUUAAAGCUCUGCUUUUGCCUUGAUUUUGUUAACACCCGGUAACUUUGCUGAGCAAUGAACAGUUUGGCAAAAGGCAGACUUUAGUAAAGAGUCAGUCCCCCAUCUCCUCCAGGAAGGGCUCAUGCUUACAGUAACCCUGCACCCUCCCCCAUGCCCCCCUGCAAAGCGCCACAAGCCUCAUAUUUCUGUGGUAAAAACAAACACCCCAAGCGCCCUGCCAGCCCUUCUCCAUCCAGCAUAAAGAUGCAAACUGGGACACAAAUCCAGUUUGGUCAAACUCUUUUAAAGCUGGCCCUUGCAGGAUACUCAGGCUUGAGAUACCUUUUAACCUGGGCCCCAUUAACAGCCCUUGGCACAUGGCCUGUUACUUGAUGGGAUAAAGCCCCCAGCAUGAGGGCCGGACCCCCAAGCAGAGCCAACAUCAAGCCAGAACUGUCCUGCUGGCAUUGGCCAGAGCUUGCCAGACGCCUGCUCACCGCUCACCAGGCGGCUGGUGUCUCUUCCACGCUGGUUUGGCGUGGUCGGAAGUGCCCCACACCAGCAGCAGUGAUGGGGAAGCUGCUGAAGCCCAGCCCCAUCGCAGCCCUGGCCGAACUGGUCGCUCCCCGUGUUGUUUCUGUGCUCGGUUGCCCAACACUCCUCUUGGUCUCCUCUUUCUC